AUGGAACUUCUGGAAGGUUGGUCUCUGAACGAAGAGAAAAUCUACAUGAGUGGGCCGGGAGAACCACUGGAGAUUGUGGAAAACUUUACAUACCUCGAUAGUUGUAUUAGCUCUGACGGACAUGUGUUUGAUGAAGCCAGUGCAAGAAUUUCAAAGGCUCGAAUCGCGUUUGCUAAUUUGCGUCACCUGUGGCGUCAAAAUGGCACCUCACUGGAUCUUAAGGGUCGUGUGUACCAGGCUACAGCUGACCGUUGCACAGUUCGUUUUGGAUACCAAAGGCCCUCUUCGACCAAUCGUUUCAGUAACAGGGACCGCAGCCAGCAACCUUCGGAGAAGGUUGAUGAGUUUGUACACAGUAUCGAUAGUUCUGGACAACUAAUGGGUCACUAA